AUGGCUAUGAACUUCGUUACUUUCAACCAAGACUACAGCCACUUGGCUGUCGGCACUUCCAGAGGAUUUCGCAUCUUCACUACAGAUCCUUUCGCGAAAUGCUACGAGUCCAAAGAAGCUGGCAACAUUGCCAUUCUCGAAAUGCUCUUCUCCACUUCCCUUGUCGCGUUAAUAUUGUCUCCUAGAAGGCUCCAGAUCAAGAAUACAAAAGCAAGUCUUUGUUUCAUGUUUAUUAUCUUCAUGAUACUGACCGCAUCCUGUUCAGCCAUCUGCGCUCUGUCCCCUUCUUCCGACAAUUGCUAUCUAGCAUAUCCAUUACCACAAAAGGCAGCAGGUUCAUCGUCCGCACCACCUUCACACGCCCCUCCCAAUACUACACAUGUUCCUCCUACGUCUGGAGAAGUCUUGGUGUUUGAUGCCAUCAAACUGGAGGCUGUCAAUGUUGUGGAGGCACAUCGCUCUCCACUUUCUUGUGUGACAUUCAACAACGAAGGCACAAUGCUGGCGACAGCUUCCGACAAAGGAACAAUCAUUAGGGUGUUCUCGGUCCCAGACGCCCACAAGCUAUAUCAGUUUAGGAGGGGGUCCAUGCCCGCAAGGAUAUACAGCAUGGCCUUCAACAUCACCUCAACUCUGCUAUGCGUGUCCUCGGCCACCGAGACCGUCCACAUCUUCAAGCUGGGCCCACAGGCAGGCCAAACUGGCGGCGAGGGCGAGGAGGCAGUCUCACCGACCAAAUCCAACACCGCUUUCACUCGCCGGUUGAGUCUGGGAAGCGACUCGGCUUACGACGCCGCGGCCGAUGAUGAAGAUGGCGCAGAAUCCCCGACCGCAUUGACAAGCCGCAAGCCGAACGGGACGCUAAUGGGUCUGCUGCGAAGAACGUCCCAGCAUGUGGGAAUCAAUCUCGCCUCGACAGUAGGUGGAUAUUUGCCGAAAGGCGUGGCCGAAAUGUGGGAACCAUCACGCGACUUUGCUUGGAUCCGGCUACCAAAGUCCAGUUCAGGGGCUUCACUGAGUCAGCUGCGCAGUGUGGUGGCCAUGAGCCCCAGUUCUCCACAGGUCAUGGUUGUCACAAGCGAGGGCAACUUCUACGUCUUCAGCAUUGAUCUGGCAAAAGGUGGUGAAGGGACGCUAAUCAAACAAUACUCUGUCCUCGAAAGUAAUGACCAAAUGGGUGCUUCCGGAGUGGACUACUAA